AUGAGGCGCGCCAAGGCCCUGCAGCAGCACUUGGUGCAGGCUGGCCACCGCCUCUCCAGCCGGCAGCCUUUCGCUGUGAUCUCGACGCGGAUGGCCUCUGACGUCCCCAUGUCCAAGUUCGAGCCGGACGAGUCGCUCAAUGAGCGCUAUGCUGCUAUGGAGAAGCGCCUUGCCAUUGUCCGCAAGCGCCUCAACAAGCCGCUCACCCUUGCAGAGAAGGUCGUGUAUGGCCACCUGGACGACCCUGAGUCGCAGGACAUAGAGCGCGGCGUCAGCUACCUCAAGCUGCGGCCUGACCGCGUGGCUAUGCAGGACGCCACCGCCCAGAUGGCGAUGCUUCAAUUCAUCAGCUCAGGGCUGCCCAAGACCAUGGUGCCCUCCACCAUUCACUGCGACCACCUCAUUGAGGGCACCACCUCGCCGCAGGCCGACAGGGAGAACAGCUUUGGUGCCGACGCGGACCUGAAGCUGGCGCGCAGCGCCAACAAGGAGGUCUACAACUUCCUCGCGUCUGCCGGCGCCAAGUACGGCGUGGGCUUCUGGGGCCCCGGUAGCGGCAUCAUCCACCAGAUCGUGCUGGAGAACUACGCGUUUCCGGGCGGCAUGAUGAUCGGGACUGACAGCCACACGCCCAACGCGGGCGGCCUGGGCAUGUGCGCUGUGGGUGUGGGCGGUGCUGACGCGGUGGACGUCAUGGCGGGGCUGCCCUGGGAGCUCAAGGCACCCAAGGUCAUCGGUGUGAAGUUGACCGGGAAGCUGUCCAAGUGGACGUCCCCCAAGGACGUCAUCCUCAAGGUGGCAGGCAUACUGACGGUCAAGGGCGGCACCGGUGCGAUCGUGGAGUACUUUGGUGACGGCGUCGACAACCUGUCCUGCACCGGCAUGGCCACCAUCUGCAACAUGGGGGCCGAGAUCGGCGCCACCACCUCCAUGUUCCCCUACAACAAGCGCAUGAGGGACUACCUCACGGCCACGGGGCGCGAGGGCAUCGCCGCCCUCGCCGACGGCUUUGCUGCCAACCUCAAGGCGGACGAGGGGGCGCAGUACGACCAGCUGAUUGAGAUCGACCUCACCACCCUGGAGCCCCACAUCAACGGGCCCUUCACGCCCGAUCUGGCGCACCCGCUGUCGCAGUUUGCAGAGGCGCUGCGCAAGAACGGCUGGCCCACCGAGCUCAAGGCGGGCCUCAUUGGCAGCUGCACCAACAGCUCCUACGAGGACAUGCAGCGCGCAGCCAGCGUGGCGCGCCAGGCCCUCGCAGCAGGCAUCAAGUCCAAGGUGCCGUUCUCCAUCAGCCCCGGCAGUGAGCAGAUCCGCGCCACCAUCAGCCGCGACGGUAUCAUGGAGGUGUUUGAGAAGGUCGGCGGCACCGUCAUGGCCAACGCCUGCGGCCCCUGCAUCGGCCAGUGGAAGCGCACGGACGUGCCCAAGGGCGAGCCCAACAGCAUCAUCACGUCGUUCAACCGCAACUUUGCGGCGCGCAACGACGGCAACCCCGCCACACACGCCUUCGUGGCCUCACCAGAGAUCGUCACGGCCUUCGCCAUCGCGGGUGACCUGACGUUCAACCCCGAGACCGACGCCCUGGUGGGGGCUGACGGCAAGGAGGUCAAGCUGGACAGCCCCUACGGCGACGAGCUGCCCCAGAAGGGCUUUGACGCCGGGGCCGACACCUACCAGGCGCCCCCCGAGCCCUCCACACGCUCCUCCGUCAAGGUUGACGUGGACCCGGCCAGCAGCCGGCUGCAGCUGCUGGAGCCCUUCAAGCCCUGGGACGGCAAGGACAUCGAGGGCGCGGCGGUGCUCAUCAAGGUCAAGGGCAAGUGCACCACGGACCACAUCUCCAUGGCGGGGCCCUGGCUCAA